CUGCUCUGGUGAAUGAAGCAUUCUGCUCUGGGCAUCUCUGCUCCGGAGAACCCCAGCCCCGAGUGCCUUCUCAGAUCUGUUCUUAACAGGCUGAAACAGCCUCAGGGUCACAUUCCCACACAGACCCUCCCGAUCCCUGCCGGGCCUGUCUGCCGGCUUAAUGGUCAAGCCCUGCCCUCCGGGCUGCCAGAGGUCACCUGCUACACCCCAGCUGCCUGCUCUGGUGGGGAGAGGACUGCUCUGCUCCUCCCUGGGAGGGGCAGGAGUGCGGAAGGUGAGGAACCAUCGGGACCCCAGGAGGGCCGCGGCUGCCUGGGGACAGCAGGCCCCUCCGUCAGGAUCAAUCACCCUAAGCCUGUCUGAGGAGCAGCCGGCUUAGGAGCAGCCGUGAAAGCCGCCUUUGUGCCCGAGGAGAAUGAGCCGCAGGAGGACGGGGGCCCCUGGCCCAGGGCACCCCUCGGGCCCCGGAUCCUGAAAUAACACCGAGGGGAGGACCCCCCGGCCUGGCCCCGGGCCCAGCCAAGCCCGGUGCCUGCUUUGUGCCAUGGGAGCUGCCCAGGGGAAGAAGAAGGAAUACUCUCCCCAGGCUGUAUUUCAUAAUGAAAAUGAGAAGCAGAGACUAAAUGGCUCAGCCUCCAUGUACUCGGAGAUCCAGAGGGAGCGGGCCGAGAUCGGAGGCCUGAUGGCCCGGCCAGAAUACAGGGAGUGGAACCCAGAGCUCAUCAAGCCCAAGAAGCUGCUGAACCCCGUGAAGGCCUCCCGGACCCACCAGGAGAUGCACCGCGAGCUGCUCAUGAACCACAGAAGGGGCCUGGGUGUGGACAGCAAGCCGGAGCUGCAGCGCGUCCUGGAGCACCGUCGGCGGAACCAGCUCAUCAAGAAGAAGAAGGAGGAGCUGGAGGCCAAGCGGCUGCAGUGCCCCUUCGAGCAGGAGCUGCUGAGACGGCAGCAGAGGUUGAACCAGCUGGAGAAACCCCCAGAAAAGGAAGAGGACCAUGCCCCUGAAUUUAUUAAAGUCAGGGAAAACCUGCGGAGAAUCACCACUUUGACCAGUGGAGAGAGGGCACUGUAGAGCCGGCUCCCGGAGCUCCAGCGCCCCCCAGCCC